AUGCUGUACGUGUUUAAAAAAGCGAAGUUGACUGAGACUGAUCAUUCCACAAAGGAGCAUACUCCCCUCAACGCCACUUUGCUGGCCAGCUUGAUCCGGACCGUUCAAUAUCAUUCGAAUGGUUCAAUGGUGCCUUUCGUGCGAAUCCCAGGCUCAAAUCCAGACCUGGUAAACCAUGCACUGAACGCAGGCGCUGGUGGUGUUGUCAUGCCCCAUAUUCAAAAUGCCCAACAAGCAUCUCGACUAGCAGAUCUUGCAAGAUUCCCUCCCAGAGGCAAUCGUAGCUUUCCUCCCGCCGCCCUUGUCGGGGAGAAUCAGUUCGCAACGCCGGAGGGGACAUCAGUCUUUGACGUGUGGAACGAGAACGUCGCAGUGUUCUGUCAGAUUGAGGACGUUGAGGGUGUCAAGAACAUUGAAGAGAUCUGCCAAGUUCCCGGGAUCGAUGGCAUUCUAGUUGGGACUGGUGAUCUGAGAAUGUCACUGGGCCUGGAAUCUGGCAGUCUGGAUGGAGACGAAGAGAUCUUCACUCAAGCACUUCAGCAGAUACGCCAAGCCACGUCUAUGCAUGGCCUACCAGUCAUGGGCUUCGGCUCUAACCCUCAACUUAUUGAAAGGAGAAUACAAAUUGGUUGGCAGGCACUAAUUGUUCACGCGGACUUUUCCAGCAUUUACAGUUCUGCUGUUGCAACGAUUUCAUCUUGCGAGGGUAUUUUGGCUCGUGUCAAAGACACUUCGCAUGGAAGUGUACGGACAAAGCUCGACAGCCGCAACGGUACCACGAAUGGACAUUAG